AGGCACAGCAAGAGGACUUCAACUUACCUGUCAGCUUUAUGUUCCCUCUAACCUUUUUAACUGCUAGUAAGAGUCCUGUUUGAACAGGUGGGAGUAUUUCUGAGCAUAUUUUAAAACAUGGACAGCCAGGGGAGGAAAGUGGUGGUCUGUGACAAUGGGACGGGGUUUGUCAAAUGUGGCUUUGCUGGGUCCAACUUCCCUGAGCACAUCUUCCCUGCCAUGGUGGGUCGGCCGAUCAUUCGAUCAAGCGUCAAAGUGGGAAACAUCGAGAUAAAGGACCUGAUGGUGGGAGACGAGGCCAGCGAGUGUCGCUCCAUGCUGGAGGUGUCCUACCCCAUGGAGAACGGCAUGGUGCGCUGCUGGGACGACAUGCUCCACCUGUGGGACCACACCUUUGGCCCGGACCGUCUCGACAUCAACACGUCAGAAUGCAAGAUCUUGCUGACGGAGCCGCCGAUGAACCCCUCCAAGAAUCGAGAGAAGAUCACGGAGGUCAUGUUUGAGACGUACCAGUUCCACGGCAUCUACGUGGCGAUCCAGGCCGUGCUCACUCUGUACGCCCAGGGUUUGCUUACCGGUGUGGUACUUGACUCGGGCGACGGCGUCACCCACAUCUGCCCAGUGUACGAGGGCUUCUCUCUACCCCAUCUCACACGCAGGCUGGACAUCGCAGGACGUGACAUCACACGCUACCUCAUUAAGCUCCUACUGCUCCGCGGCUACGCCUUCAAUCACACAGCGGACUUUGAGACGGUGCGGAUGCUGAAGGAGAAGCUCUGCUACGUGGGAUACAACAUUGAGCAAGAGCAGCGUUUGGCCACAGAGACCACCUACCUGGUGGAGUCCUACACGCUUCCCGAUGGCCGGCAGGUGAACGUCGGCGGAGAGCGGUUUGGCGCCCCUGAAGCGCUCUUCCAGCCUCACCUCAUCAACGUGGAGGGAGCAGGAGUAGCAGAGCUGCUCUUCAACACCAUCCAAGCUGCAGACAUAGAUCUCAGGGCCGACUUCUACAGGCACAUCGUUCUGUCAGGGGGGACCACCAUGUACCCCGGCCUUCCCUCCAGGCUGGAGCGAGAGAUCAAGCAGCUUUAUCUGGAGAGAGUGCUUGAUGGAGACACACAGAAACUUUCAAAGUUCAAGAUCCGGAUCGAGGACCCUCCCCGACGUAAACACCUGGUGUUUCUGGGUGGAGCCGUGCUGGCCAACAUAAUGAAAGACAAGGACUCCUUCUGGCUGAGCAGAGAGGAAUACCAGGAGAAGGGCCUGGCUGUGCUGCAGAAGCUGGGAGGUGGAGUCAGAUGAAACAAAAAACAUAGAAAACCAGAAAAACUUUCCUUGUGAUGACUUCAAAUCAUCCAGUCUCGUAGCCUUAUUUUGUACUCCAAUUACUGCUCUUCUUCAUCCCUUCUUGUGAUAAAACUACUUGUUUUUGUCAAUCAAUUGAAUAAUAAAAAAAAAGAUCUCAGAUAAAUUACAACUAUCUGACUUGAAAAUUGCUUUUCAAGCGAAUUUUAGGAGUUAGUUGGUCUUAUGUGGAACUAAAUCUAGAUGUUACUUCUUUUGUCUUGUGUACAACAUUUUCUUGAAAUAUAUUAAAACAGACUUUUUCCCAACAGUUUUUCCAAUGAACGUGUAACACACUAAAACCCUCAUUAUGAAAUCUGCCAAAAUUGCAAAGAUUAUAAACCGGGAUGAAAUUAAAUUGGAAAUUCAAACAAUGGCGCCAUCAGGUGGUUGAGAAUAGUUAAAGCAUCAGACGUCAACGUUCAGAUUCUAGCUUCAGUUCAGUUC